AUCUACGUUCACAUAAAUUCAUUGUUCUCUCUUGAAGAUCUGAACAAUUCAGAUCAUCUAGAGUUUUGAUUCGAUUCAAUGCAUAGUCAAACAUCCAAAAGAUGCAUAUUCUAAUAUUAGUUUUAUUUUAAUUUCGAUUGGAUAUAGAAUUUUCGAGUACUCUAUGAUUUCAUCAUGCCCCCUGAAAUCACUCAGCUAGUUUAGGAUUUUUAGGAUCAAAUUCCCCCUUUUCUUCGAUCCAAUAUAAAUACACAUUAUUAUACGAUGAAUGUGAAAUCCUCGCAAGGUUCGUCGUAUAGAGAUCGGGCGCAGGAGUUUUCUAGCAUAGCUGAGAGGCUAAGAAAGUCGUUACCAUCUCUAAAUGCGUCGGAGAGUGCGAAUAACGGGGGUGUUGGGGUUUCUACCAAAGCUGAGGGGCCGAGAUCAAAGGUUGCAAUCCAGACGGAAUUCAACAAAAGGGCUUCCAAAAUUGGAUAUGGAAUUCAUCAGACGUCGCAGAAGCUAGCGAAACUUGCAAAAUUGGCAAAAAGGACCUCUGUCUUCGAUGAUCCAACAAUGGAGAUUCAAGAAUUAACAGGUGUGAUCAAGCAGGACAUAACUGCACUGAAUGCAGCUGUGGUGGAUUUGCAAUUAGUUUGCAAUUCACAAAAUGAAAGCCAAAGCAUUUCAAGUGACACAACUACACAUUCAACUACAGUUGUUGAUAAUCUCAAGAAUCGUCUCAUGGGUGCCACAAAGGAAUUCAAGGAAGUUCUUACAAUGAGGACAGAGAAUUUGAAGGUUCAUGAAAAUAGAAGACAGUUAUUUUCUGCAAGUGCUACAAAAGAGCCUGUAAAUCCAUUUGCACGCCAACGUCCAUUGGCUAACAAAUCAACAACUAAUUCCUCAAAUACCCCUCCUCCUUGGGUUACCAACUUCUCAACUUCAUCUCCACUAUUCCCCAGGAAACAGGGAGAUGGAGAAUCUCAACCAUUGUUACAACAGCAACAAAGUCAAAGUCAAGAAAUGGUUCCAUUACAGGAUAAUAGUUACAUGCAGAGUAGAGCUGAGGCUCUUCACAAUGUUGAGUCAACAAUUCAUGAAUUGGGCAACAUUUUUACACAAUUGGCAAACAUGGUUUCUCAACAAGGGGAGCUUGCAAUUAGGAUUGAUGAAAAUAUGGAGGAUACACUAGCAAAUGUAGAAGGAGCACAAGGGCAAUUAAUGAGGAGUUCCUUACUUUGA